AUGCUCGGAACACAAUCAAGGUUUGUCCAAAGACCUCAAAAUAAACCAGACACUAUGACUGAAUUAGCUGAUAUGUUCUACACUUUAGUGUUUGGUGAUACUGAAUUUUCAGUUCCCAGACGAUAUGUUGAUCUUGUACCCAAAGGUUUAGGUGCCCAGGGCAUGGUGGUUGCGGCCAUGGAUACUAUUACUCAACAAAGUGUUGCUAUUAAAAAACUAUCCAGACCAUUUCAAAAUGUAACGCAUGCAAAAAGAGCAUAUAGGGAGUUCAAACUUAUGAAAUUAGUAAAUCAUAAAAAUAUUAUUGGUUUACUAAAUGCCUUCACACCACAAAGGACAUUAGAUGAUUUUCAAGAUGUGUAUUUGGUAAUGGAACUCAUGGAUGCUAAUCUAUGCCAAGUAAUCCAAAUGGACCUUGAUCAUGAACGAAUGUCAUAUCUUUUAUAUCAAAUGUUAUGUGGAAUUAAACAUUUACACUCAGCGGGAAUUAUUCAUAGAGACCUUAAACCUAGUAAUAUUGUUGUAAAAUCUGACUGCACAUUAAAGAUUUUGGAUUUUGGAUUAGCUCGAACAGCUGGAACUACAUUUAUGAUGACCCCAUAUGUUGUUACUAGAUACUACCGUGCUCCAGAGGUAAUUUUAGGCAUGGGUUAUAAGGAAAACGUUGACAUUUGGUCAGUAGGUUGUAUUAUGGGCGAGAUGAUAAGAGGCGGCGUAUUGUUUCCUGGAACCGAUCAUAUAGAUCAAUGGAAUAAAAUUAUAGAACAAUUGGGCACACCAUCACAAGAAUUUAUGAGAAGGUUACAACCAACUGUGAGAAAUUAUGUAGAAAAUAGACCUCGUUAUCCAGGUUAUUCAUUUGAUCGAUUAUUCCCUGAUGUACUAUUUCCAUCAGAUUCUUCUGAACAUAAUAAACUAAAAGCAAGCCAAGCACGUGACCUUCUGUCUCGAAUGCUAGUUAUUGAUCCAGAAAAGCGUAUAUCUGUGGACGACGCAUUGCUACAUCCAUAUAUAAAUGUUUGGUAUGAUGAAAGUGAAGUAAAUGCACCAGCACCAGGACCAUGGGACCAUUCAGUAGAUGAACGUGAACAUACUGUUGAUCAAUGGAAAGAGCUUAUCUAUCAAGAAGUUAUGGAGUAUGAUCCAACUACUGCAGCAGCAGCUUCUGCUAAUGAACCACAACCAAUCCGAUAG